AUGGAGGAAAAAUCGCAGGUCGAAAUGGUCGAGCGGGUAGACCACAGCAGUGGCCCCGAUGUCGAGAAUGGCUCUGCUCCCGUCGACGCCCCGUCCGCUGCCGGCGUACCCAACGAAGCCCGUGACGAAGAUGUUGUCACUCUCAAGACGUGGAUUGUCGUUACAGUCCUCUCCUGCUCCUACGGUCUAUCCUUUUGGAUGGUCACGUCGCUCAGCGCGGCGCAGACGUUCAUCGCGACGCAGCUCGGCAACCCAGCCAACGCCGCCUGGUGGACCACCGUCUACACCAUGUGCACGGCCAUCUCGUUUAUGCUCUUUGGCGGCAACUCGGAUCUGUUUGGUCGGCGCUGGUUCAUCAUCAGCGGCAACGUGUCCGUGUUCAUCGGGUACAUUGUGAUUGGCGCCGCCAAGAACACCGAGGCCAUCAUUGCCGGCUCGGCGCUCAUCGGUGUCGGCGCCGGUCUGUGCCAACUCGCGGCCUUUGCACUGCCCGAGCUGCUGCCCAACCGCAUCCGCCACAUUGGCAUCCUGAUUGCCGACUCCAGCACCUGGGUCGCUGUGCUGUUCGGCCCCAUUGUCGGCCGCUAUUCCAUCACGGAGGGCCCCGAACGCUGGCGCUGGAUGUUCUACACGCCCGCCAUUUUGGUCGGCAUCUCGUUUGCGCUGCUCAUCUGGCUCUACCACCCGCCGAAGCACCCCCGCGGCAUUCCCUGGAACGAGGCCGUCUGGCAGCUCGACUACCUCGGCGCGGCGCUGUUCACCGUCGGCGCCACGCUGGUGCUCACGGGCGUCAUCUACACGACCAUCAUCCCGGCCUCCGACCCCAUCGUCAUCGGCCUGCUGGUGAGCGGCUUCGGCGUCACCGUCGUCUUUGGCCUCUGGGAGCACUUUGGCCACCUCCAGCAGCCGCUGGCGCCGCCCUGGGUGUUUGCGCAGGACAAGGGCCGCGAGUUUUUCUUUCCGUUCAUCAGCGGCAUGAUUGUCAACAUGUUCUUCUACUCGGUCAACAUUGUCUACCCGACCAUGAUCAACGUCUUUUGGACCGACGCCAGCUCGUCCGUCUCGUACCAGUGCCAGCUGACGCUGCCCCAGGCCCUUGGCCUCAUCACGGGCUCCAUGGUGCUCUGGUUCUUUGGCAUCCAGAUUGGCCACUGGAAGAUCCAGUACACCGCCGUCUUUGCUGUCAUGACGCUGUUUGGCGCCCUGCUUGCCCUCGCCACGCCCGACAACAUGGCCAUGAUCAUGGUCUUCACCUUUCUCGCCCAGGGCGCGUACGGCUGGGCCCAGACGCUGUCCAUCACCUGGAUCCAGUUCGGCGUCCCCCAGACUGAGCUCGGCAUCUCGGGCGCGCUGGCCGGUGUGGCCCGCUGGACCGGUGGCGCAUUGUCCUCGUCCAUUUACCUGGCCAUUCUGUCCAACGUCCAGGGCAAGCAGGCCAAGACGCUGAUCCCCGCGGCCGCCAUGGCUGCGGGCGCCGACUCGAGCAUGGCCACCCAGCUCAUCACGGCCGUUGGCGCCGGCACCGCCGCCGGGAUCCCCGGCAUCACGGCCGAGAUUUUGGCGGCCGUCGGCGCCGCCUUCCAGCAGACGUAUGUGGUGGGCCUGCGCACGGUAUGCCUUGUUUCGAUUGCGUUCGGAGCCAUUGGCACCAUCUGCUGCGCGCUGUCCAACGACAUUGGCCCCAAGAUGAACAACAAGAUCGAGGUCUUUUUGGAAAACGAUGUCCAGAAGGACAAGAACCGCUUCCAUUAA